GCAAUGGAGAGCAAAGAAGAACAAUGGGUCAUUACAUCUAUGAGACAGAGCAAGUUGGUAUUGCUGCAGACAGAAGUUAAGAGCGUGCAUAGCAAUUCAUGUAAUUAAGUGUGGAUCUUAGGAUACAAAAUGUCACAGCAGUGCUGAUUCAGGACAUACUGGAGAACUAGUCUAUUGAGGCAUAAUGGGUGGAACUGAGAAAUGAGAACAAUAUGACCACGUUGACACAUAUAGUGUGUCAAAUGGUUGUUGUGACACGUCUAGUGUGGUAGUGUAGUGGGUAGUGCUUGUCGCUCUCACUUUCAGCUUCCACUGCUGGCUGGCACUCUUGCGAAAAGGAGAGCUAAAUGCGUAGGUCUCCCUGCCAGUACAUAGCCUCUUCAACAGCAAGCCUCACGUAGCGCCUUCUCACUGACAACAUAUGGAAACUGAACACCUUCUGGACUCAGGCUGAAUUACAGAGGACAGGGAGGAGGUUGGCCCCUGCACAUGUAGCAUGCAGGCACACCAGUCUAUGAACACGCCUUGGCGCUCAUAAACCAGAUACUCAGCGAAGAGGAAAUAGCCCUACUGCCUUGUGAACAGCCUCAGGAGAGAAAACAGAUAUGGGAGUAAACCCAGACAGAAAAUUUGUAGUGGAGAAUAAAAGGUAAAGAUAACAAGUGCAGGGAAAAUUGGUUUUCAAGAGAUAUUGAGGACUUGGUUAAGAGAAAAGGAGGUGCAUAGCAGGUUUGCGCAGGUAGGAACAAUUGAGGUGCUUAUGGAAAAGCAAGACAGCACAAGAAAAAAAUCAAGAAGGCUAAAAGAAGGCAUGAAAUUGCCCAGCAGACAAGGUGAUGCAGAAUUCCAAAGGAUUCUACAGCAUUGUAAAGCAGAACACUCAGUGACACACAGACCACAGAUGCUAUAAUCUGGAGGAAGAAAGAUCCGCUGGAGGAAUUUGUGGAUGAGGUCACAUUAAGACCCUGGAUCGGGACUGAGAACGUCGAGGGAAGAUGGCCAGUAUAAAAAGGAACUGAAAAAUUCACUGCCGCAUACAAAAAGAGAAAGGGACCCAAGGAAUGAAACAACCUUGACAUGCAAUCAUUUAUCAACUUCUACACAAGACUAUUGUGAAGCAAACACAGCAGCAACAAAUGUAGAUUGGUAAUACAAAACUUCAUUUCAGCAAGUCAGAAAUGGAGCAGCAAGGGUCAGUGAUCCAGCAGGAGCUUGCAGGCAGGAUCACUCUUUACUCCAUGAAAGGAUGUCUUCAUUGUCAUUAUGCAAAGGAUCGCCUGACUAGUAUGGGUCUCCCAUUCUUUGAAGUCAAUGUGGAGAAAAAUCGUGUAAUACACCAACAGAUUAUAGAUCUCACUGGACGUCUUACUGUACCACAAAUCUACUUUAACAACAUCCAUGUUGGAGGAAAUGAUGAUUUUCAGAAGUUGCCACAAGAUGAGCUUGACAAGCUGGUUGAGCUGGUUAAGAAUGAACCUGUACCUCCGGAUGCUCCUCCAAUCCCUGAACCCAAAGUUGUUGAAGCACAGGUACAGACGGAAGAACCAGUAAGUAAAGUAGAUGAAUAUACAAAUCUAAUCAUGGACUUCAAGGAAAGUGGGAUUAUCGGCAACAACUGGAUAUGCCUCAAACCAUACAAGGACACCUUUUCAGGGAAAACAUUUGUGAGUUGGCUGGUCGAUACUAGAAAUCUUGACAAAUCUGCAGCGAUUGACUUGGGAAGAGAUCUGACAAAUAGAAGGUUUUUAAAUCCUUUGGCUGUAAAAGAAUUUGAAGACAGCAAUGCUCUGUACAGAUUGGUGGAGCAUGACUCCGUUGCUUCAUUAAAUGCCAAAGCUGCAGCACAAUAUAAUGCCUCUUCGGUUUUUCAGUAUUUGAAGGUCAUGAAAGAUUUACUUACAAAGUUGUUCUCAGCACACGUUACAUCAGACGGCAAGAUAGUAGAUUAUAAAUCCAUGGCUGCAAGUCCAACUUUUGAGGAGUAUUGUCAACAUACAACACAACUGCAGCAUCUAGAUAUUAGCAGUCUCAGUAGGAUAAAGAAACUGGCAUUCUUCAUCAAUCUGUACAAUAUGUUAGUCAUUCAUGGGAAUAUUAAGAGCGGACCUCCGAGAAAUGCACCACAAAGAUAUAAGUUUUUUAAUUCCAUAAGUUACAAGAUUGGUGGAAAGGUGCUUUCGCUGAAUGAUAUUCAGAAUGGUGUACUUCGUGGUAAUCGGAAAGGUCCAGCUCAAGUUACAAAACCAUUCUCAAACAAUGAUCCACGUCUUAAGGCUGCAUUGGAGGAGGUAGAACCUCUUAUUCAUUUUGCUUUGAACUAUGGAGCAAUUAGCUGUCCUCCAAUCAAGAUUUACACUGCUGAGGAUGUUGACAAUCAGCUAAAGAUUUCAGCUGAAGCUUUUCUUGAUUGUGCUGAUGGCUGCCAAAUCAAUGUAUCGAGAAAGGAAGUUGGUCUCAGUCAAAUUUUUAAACGAUAUAAGAUUGAUUUUGGCGGAACAAAUGAGAAGUUGCUGAAAUGGGUGUUUGAGCAUCUACAAGAUUCACCAAAGAAGAGAGCACUGAAAGAACUCCUAGACCAUAGAAAAGUCAAAAUUGUUUAUCUUCCAUUUGAUUGGUCAACGAAUUCUAAAGACUGAUGAAAAGAGGCAUUGAAAGCUAUUGGCUCUGAUCACCAUCCACUGAUCCUUACCAAUAUUGUCUAAUACUUUUGUUGUUGUAUUAUGCUAUAGAUUUACCAAUCAUUAGGGUGUUUGAUAUAAAUAUCUGCAAGCACCUUAGUAUUCAUUACAGUUUGUUACAGUACUUUGCUCUCUUAUGCAAUUAUAUGACAUAGCGCAGAAGUCAUGUUUUCAAAAACAGUCUAAGCUGGAUGUUUUAGUCAGAUCAGAAUAACUAGAAGGAAUAAUAGCUUCAAUUUUUUUCUCCUUCUCUGACUAAAACAUUAUGAAACAUGUCAAUUCAGCCAAAUGUUUUUCAGACUGAUAUUACCAUCUCUCUAACUACUCUUUGUGAAGACCUUCA